AUGUCGUCGCUGUACGUGGAACAGCCAUUCAUUCAUCCGUUUGUUCCUGUUGGUGUCAGAAAAAGCAGUAAGCAUGUUCCAUCAGGGCCAAAGAUGCACUCAGUUUUGGAGAUACGGACGGUGACCCUACCGGAGCGAGUCAAGGUGAGCCAGCCUUGUGGUGGCAAAAAAGGUCAAGGCCUGCUUGCGGCUGUCUUCGUUUUCUGUCAGAUCAAGGAUUUCAGUCGGCGACAGACAAUACGAGAGACCUACGGGUCAGAGCUGAAGGCACACCCCCAAACGGUGAUGUACUUUGUGGUCAGCCGAGUGAACAAUGUUUUACUGGAAAAUGCUCUUGAUAAGGAAGCUAGCCAGCACGACGACAUUCUGCAGUUUGACUUCAAGGACGACUACUUCAAUCUGACGCUGAAAUCCCUGGCAGUGUUGCGCUGGUCGGCGCUGCACUGCUCAAAAGCAAAAUUUAUAUUCAAAUUCGAUUAUGACUGCUACAUUAGAGUGGACAACUUUAUCAAUCAGCUAAAGUCAUUUUCGCCUGACAAACUUUAUGGUUUCAAAAAGUUCUACAGUAAAGUUCAGCGCACUG